AUGGACCAGGCUUCUGCCAUGGAGGACAGGGCUGACCGCGAGGCCAUGGAUGUGCCCGGGAAGCCGCCGCUGCGCCUGCCUCCGGGGCCGUGGCAGCUGCCGCUCAUCGGCAGCCUCCACCACCUCCUCCUGUCCCCGCACGGCGACCUCGCGCACCGGGCCUUGCGGGACCUGUCCGCCCGGCACGGCCCGCUCAUGAUGCUCCGCCUCGGCGCCGUGCCCACGCUGGUGGUGUCCUCGGCCGAGGCCGCCAGGGAGGUGAUGAAGACCCACGACGCCGCGUUCGCGAGCCGGAACCUGACGCCGACGCUGGCCGUGUUCGCCGACGGCGGCCGCGACAUCCUCUUCUCCCCCUACGGCGACCUGUGGCGCCAGCUCCGGCGGAUCUGCGUGCUCGAGCUCCUCUCCCCGCGCCGCGUCCGGUCCUUCCGCCGCGUCCGGGAGGAGGAGGCCGCGGGCCUGCUCCGCUCCGUCGCCGGCUCCUGCGCCGCCGCCCAGGGCGGCGCCGCGGUGGUCGACAUCGGCGAGAGGAUCUGCCGCGCGAUGAACGACAUCGUGGUGCGGUCGGCCGUCGGCGGCCGGUGCCCGCGGCGCGACGAGUUCCUGCGCGAACUCCACACGGCCGUGAUGCUCACCUCCGGCUUCAACCUGACCGACCUGUACCCGUCGUCGCCGCUGGUGUGCUGGCUCAGCCGCGGGCUGCGGGAGGCCCAGCGGUGCAACCGGACCGUGCGCGACAUCAUGGGCGAGAUCAUCCGCGAGCAGUCGUCAGUCGACGAGGGACGCGAGGAGCAGGACGACGACAACCUGCUGGCCGUGCUGCUGCGGCUGGAGAGAGACGGCGACGCGCAGUGCCCGCUUACCACAGACAUCAUCACCACCGUCGUCUUGGAAAUCUUUGCGGCGGGGAGCGAGACCUCAGCAACAACACUAGAGUGGGCGUUGGCGGAGCUGACAAGGAACCCACGAGUGAUGCAGAAAGCUCAAGCGGAGCUUCUCCAUGUCGGCAAAGUGAUCAUCUAUACGGACCACUCACUUUGCAUGGCCGGGAACGGCCUCCCGGCGGCGGACCUCGCCGGCGAGCAGCGGCAGAGAAAAGGGGCGAUGCGGCGAACUGAACCAGGGCUCACCUCGUGCAAGGGACGGUCGGAGAAGGGUGGUCAGCGGCGCAGUUCGAACGGCGGCGACGGCGACGGCGGGAACUCGUAG